AUGAUCUCCGACCUCGUGUCGUCGACCCUCCUCGAAUGGAUCAACAGCUUUAACCUGGGGACUACCGUUCGAUCCAUUGACCAGUUAAAUGAUGGCUCUAUCCUCUGGGAUACUCUUCAGGACAUCGAUCCGCAGUACUUUCUUGGGGAGUUACCGGAACGUUCUCCCUCAGACCACUGGGUUCCGCGAUGGCAGAACCUCAAAUACAUCCACAAGGCAUUGAUCGGGUAUAUAAGGAACCAGAACGAUGGCGAAGUUCCGUCGGGACUUAAUAUCUCCCCCGAUCUAAAAGCUAUUGCAGAAGCUUCGUCGACAAAGGAAACCUACGAACUACUCAAACUAUUCCUCCUCGCCGCCAUUAGCUCGCCAAAUGCCGAAACCUACAUAACGACAAUGCAGAAGCUGUCCACUUCGACACAAGAAGGCCUCAAAGAUAUCAUCCAAGAAGCACAGAAUCCGUCCUAUGAGAGAUUGGAGGAACUUGAUUAUGAGCGCAAUGACAACUCCACAACACAGGAUUUGCCCAUGGACCCAGAACUGCGAUUUGAGGAGCGUUUCGGAAAAGUGCUGGCGGAAAAAAAUAAAUUAUCCGAUGAAAAGCAGGAGCUUGAGAAAACAGUGGAGGAUUUGCACAAUCGUCUAGCUCGGCUUCAAGAAAGCCACGAUAUGGUGCUGGAUAGGCUCACAUCUACGGAAGACCGAUUGGCUAUCCUUAAAUCUGGCAAAGGGGAUUUGAUACCGAAUGCCAAAACGUUCGAGAGUAGAACCCAGCAGCAAGAGGAUCUUAUAGCGUCUCAAGAAGCUAAAAUACAGUCUUUUCAGGACGAAAUCGAUAGUCUACGGAUGACUGUUGAGUCUCUACGCGUAAAAAACCAGAGAUUUCAGAAGCUGCAAGACGAUUACGACGAAGUAAAGAACGAACGAGAUCAGCUCUCCAGACGAGCAAAUGCGGCGGAGAAAUACCGACAGAAGCUUCAAGCCAGCCACGAUUUUGAAAAGGAGAAUAUCGCGCUAAAAAAUCAAGUGAAGAAUCUGCAACAGCAGUUGAGAGACAGCGAUAUUAGCCAGAAAUCCUCUUCUGAGCGUGAUGUGGAACUUGAGGAAUAUCGUCGCGUCCUCCCAAGAAUAGAGCAAGAUCGUCACGAAAUUCAAAAUGUCAAGAAGCAGCUGGAAUUUAACAACCAUGCUCUUACCGAAAGACUUCAAAGCGCAGAAGACCAAAUUGCCAGAGAUGAAGCCACGAUCAGUGAAUUGCGUGACCGAAUACGGGAACUCGAGGGCUUGGAGAGCCCAAUAACACCAGAAAGCACAACGCCAAAGGUUCACGGGACUUUUCAGAGGGAUCUUGAUGAAGUUGGUCGACGAGAAGCGCAACUUAAAAUCGAGAACGAAGGGCUCAGACGAGAGCUUGAAAGACUUAACGGUGAAAUAUCACAUUCGACUGGGCUCGGUGUUGCGCAAUUUUCAGAGAAGUGGGAAUCAAACUCUCCCUUGCAGCGAUCAGAGUCUAAUAAUGGAAACCACAGUGACGCAUAUCAGAAACUACAAGAUGAAUAUUCAGCCGUUCGCAAGAAGCUCACUGAUGCAGAAAACGAAUUAGAAGAAACAGAUCGACAGUUCCGGGACGCAAAAUCCGAAUUGGGCUCGAUCAGUAAGGAUAAACUCGACAUGGUUGACGCGGCAAACGACUCCUCCCCUCCGGAAAUAAUAAAAAUGCGAGAAGACGUACAAUCUCUUCGAAACAGAAUCGAAGAGCUCGAAACCAAACUUUCAGCCAGCCAAACAUUCGUCAAGGAGGUGUCUGCUGAGCGUGAUUCCCUCCGAGACAUGAUCACCAAGAAGGAGCAGGAGAUGCAAGGCGAAGAUCAAGCCACCAUGGAUGAAAUGAAGAGACUUCUCGAAGAGGUCACUGUCAGAAUCAAUAGCACUUCUGAUGGGCCCCAACUCUCAGGGACUGAGUUGUUGAGGCAGUUUGUUGAGACCGCGGAGCGCAGCGCUGAAAAACUGGCGAAGAGAGCAGAGUAUAUAAAUCGGCAGAACGAACUUAUAAAGUCUCUUCAAGAACGAAUUGAGCACCUGGAGGAACAAGGUUCAAGUUAUGAAUCACAGAAAAACCUGAUGCAAAUCAUACAACGCCAAGCACGCGAGAUCGCGCUCAUUUCAUCAGCAUGGUAUGACCAACAAUCCCGACUGCAGCAUGCCAACUUUUCCAUGCAGCGAUACCGGCAUCCCGCGAGCACCAGCACGCCUGGAGCCGAGGUUCAUCGAAGCUGGCUUGCGAAGCAAAGAGCUCUCGUGGCUAGAGGCAAUGGACGAUGA